AUGAAGAGGAAUUUUACUGACAGUUCAGCCCGUAGCACAGCAGGCUGCCUCCCUGUUCCACUGUUCCAUCAGAGGAAAAGAAACAGGCAACCCCUCACAUCAAACCCGCUUGAAAAUGAGCCAGCUACUGACAAUUUGGCUUCUAAACUGGAUUUUUCUACCAUGCUUGCAGAUUUCGGAUGGGAAACUACAAGGCCUGAACCGACUUGUCUCCAGAAAACUGACACAACAAGUCAACCUUCGCUGUUAAGACACCAAAACACACCGUCAGAGUCUUCCAUGUCAUGUGUUGGCAGGAACUUGAACAACUGGAGACUAGAGGAGAAAAAUGCCAGUGCUAACAUCUGGAAAACAAAGGACCUUCUGGCUUUUGGCAAUGGCAGAGAAAACAGAAAGAUCUCGCAGCCUGGAAAGAGUGCGCAUUGCUCGACGGAGACCGGAUCAACACAGCAGAAAAUAGCCGGCCACCCAAAGGCAUCUCAGAGCAGUAAGGCGUGGGCGGCAGGGCAGAAAUAUUCAACCACAACCCAAUGGCCAGCAGUCGCAGACACCGUGCCAAGAGGCCUGCAAGAUCGGGGCACUUCCUAUGCAUUUAAACAGGCUCCUUGCCAACAAAAAGCUAAUGAGAGAAAGGCUGGCAAAAUUAUCCAGAAAGGGCCGGUACAUCAAGCCAAACUGCAAGAAAACGACAAUUCGCUCAGAAUGAUAUGUGCGGUCAUUGAAAGCAUGAAGCACUGGAGUCAGUUCACACAUAAAGCCCCACUGUUAUUUGAAGUAUUGGGCACUCUGGAUUCUGCAGUCACUCCCGGGCCGUACAGUGCAAAGACUUUCCUUUUGAGGGAUGGGAAGGAGACGGUGUCGUGCGUCUUCUACGAAAUUGACUGGGACUUACCAAGAUUAAUCCGAGGUCAGGUUCACAGGUGUGUGGGAAACUAUGAUACCAAAAGGAAGGUUUUCCAGUGUGUGUCUGUACGACCAGCAACCGUUACGGAACAGCAGACUUUCCAAGAUUUUGUCAAAGCUUCAGAUGUUGAGAUGAGCAAAUAUGUAAAAUCAAGCAAUGAAACUUAA